AUGACUUAUUCCCCUUCCGCAGAUACCGCCGAGAGGCGGCGUCCCGAACUGCCCGGCAUGUUCACAGAGUAUCGUGACGAUAUAGGCAUCGCGCUGCGUGAGGCGCUGCGCGGCGGUGAUUCCGUCUAUGACCUGCUGCGCUACUAUAUGGGAUGGGUCGAUCCCGAGGGUAAUGCGGCGUCCGGCACUGAGGGCAAGUAUCUGCGUCCCACCCUGUGUCUGUUCGCGUGCGAAGCAGUUGGCGGCGGACGUGAUAAGGCGAUGCCUGCUGCUGCCGCGCUUGAACUCAUUCACAACUUCUCGCUGAUUCACGACGACAUUCAGGACGGGGACGAAACGCGGCAUCAUCGGAAGACGCUGUGGGCAAUCUGGGGCAUUCCGAAGGCGCUUGUGGCCGGCAAUGUGCUGCGAAUAGUCGCGGACAGCACACUGGACGACUUGCAGUCUGUGGGUGUGCCGCCUAGCCGAGUUCUGCCCGCAGUCAACCAACUUACACAGGCGUACCUUGAGAUGAUCGAGGGGCAGUACCUGGACAUCUCGUUUGAGGGGCAGAAUGAAGUCGGACUGCAGCAGUAUCUUGACAUGAUUGCGCGCAAAGACGGGGGCUCUCAUACGAUGCUCGUUCACGAUGGGGCGCGCUCAUAG